AUGGCUUUGAAUAUUACGCCUUAUUCUCUAAUAUUUACUCUAUUGUUCAUUUGUUGUUUUUGCUCAAAGUUUGUUUCGGCAAUUACCAAUAUUACCACCACUAAAUUCCUUACAGACCCAGAAACCUUAGUGUCCGAGAAUGCCACUUUCAAGAUUGGGUUCUUCAGCCCCAUCAACUCGACAAAUCGCUAUGUUGGAAUCUGGUACAAUACCAACGAAUCUGAUACAAUGGAAGUUGUAUGGGUAGCUAAUAGGAACAACCCAAUAAAAAAUGCUUCUGGGGUGCUGAAAAUAUCUGAUGAUGGAAAUCUUCAACUCUCAGAUGGUAAAAGCACCAUAUUUUGGUCAUCAAAUGUGUCUAGACAGGCACAUAAUACUUCAGUUAUUGCGAAACUUCAAGAUACCGGGAACCUUGUUUUGCUAUCGGGUGUUAGCAGUGGGAUGAUCAUCUGGCAAAGUUUUGAUCAUCUCACGAAUUCGUUGUUGCCACAGACGACGAUUUCAAUUGAUAUGUCAAUAAUUGACAAGGAUCAAAUAAAAGAGUAUGAAUACACAGUGUUACGAUCUUGGAAGAGCGCCUCAGAUCCAUCAAAUGGACGCUUUAGGAUUACUGUUGAUGUUCUCGCACCAUUCCUGGAGUUCGUAACUUGGGAAAGUGAUAAACCUUAUUCACGAAUCGCCGAGUUUGGAGGACCUAAUUUUUCUAUGGAGGCUUUUCCCUAUGUAUUUCAUUUGACAUACAACCCUAUAGAAGACAUAUCCAACAUAUUGUACGUUGUGGAAAAUAAGUCAUUCCUCGGGUACCAUCUUUUGAAUGAUGAUGGGAAUGUGUUUUACAGAACUUGGGAUGGUGGUAGCCGAAAGUGGAAUACUACAUGGCAAUCGAUUGAAACUACGUGUGAUAUGUAUAGCAAGUGUGGACCUUUUGGAUGUUGUAACCCGAAGAAUUCACCAAUAUGCAGUUGCUUAAAGGGGUUCAAGCCAAAGAAUAUAGAUGAAUGGAAUCUAGGCAAUUGGACUAGUGGGUGUGUACGAAAUAUAUCACUGCAAUGCAGUAAUAUAGGAGGCAAAGAAGACGGCUUCUUGGGGCUACCCCAUGUAAAAGUUCCAGAUAAUGCUGGAUAUUUAUUUUUUCUAGAUGAUCCGGAUGAAUGUAGGAGCAUGUGCCUGGGAAAUUGUUUAUGUUUAGCUUAUGCAUAUCCUAAGCAAACCGUGUGCAUGAUGUGGAAUGAAAGCCUACUUGACAUGCAACAAUUCUCCGUUGAUGGUGUAGAAGUUUUCAUUCGAUUGGCUCAUUCAGAACUAGGUAACCACUUAUUAUUCUUGGCUUUCCUUCUUUUCUAA